AUGGAAAAUGCUGAAGAAAUUUUUCAUUUUUUGGAGGAAUUCUCAAAACGUAAGCCUAAAACAAUACCGCAAGAGUUGAACGACUAUUUAGCGUAUGUAGCGCGAACCGGCGAUCCUGUGUAUCAAUGGUCUCUUGUAAAAAGUUUGUUUAAAGAAAAGCUCUUGAAUGUUAUUACUGAUUUCUAUGAGACAACACCAGGUAUUGAUAUUCCACCAUAUCCAAAUGUGGAUCCAUUCAAUUACGACAUCAUGAAAAAUAGCUUAUUGGAAAGACUUGAUUCUUUUACAUCAGCGCCUUUUACUGUUCAGAGAAUUUGCGAACUUCUAACGUAUCCGCGUAAACAGUAUAACCGUGUGGAUAAGUUUAUGAGAGCGAUUGAGAAGAAUAUUUUAGUUGUCAGCACUCGGGAACCCGGUACUCAGCGUCACAUAGAACCUGAGAAUGGUGAGCCAGUUGAACCAAUAGUAAAUGGCUCAGAUAAUAAUUCUGAAUAUAAUGUAGAUGUUGAAAUGGAAGAUGUGUCUUGGAAGGAGAAUUCAGACCAUCAGCAAAAUACGGAACCUCAACCAAGUUCCUCAGAUAUACAAAUUUCUAUCGAUAAUAGUGAAACACCACUUCAAUCAAAAGAAGAAACUCCAAUGGAUACUCUUGAGAAAACUGACACUCCCUGUGAAUCUAAAGCGCCAGUAGAAAACACAUCAACAAUCAGCACAAACACACAGAUAAUAGAAAAUAAGCCUAGUGAAACGUUAGUCUCCGAUUCUGUACCAGUUACUGAAGAAACUAGUGAUAUAUUAAAAAAUAUUACUUCAUCAUCAUCAGAAAACAAAGAUGUUGAAAUGAAAUCAGAAGUGGUGCCCAAUGUUUUAAUGAUACCAGAAGUAACAGUAGAUGAAGCAAAUAUAACUGAACAAAAAGAAAACAAACCUGAUGAAGGUGUUUCACACUCAAAUAUUAGUGCAAGUGAUAAAGAGUGUGAUGAACAUAAAAUUGCAGAAGAUUCUCCUCAAGCUAUAAAUGAAGAUAGUUGUUUAAAUUCCAUUGGCAAAGAAAAUAUUGCUGAACCCAAAAUAAUUUCUGAAGUUUCAACUUCAAAUGAAGAAAGUUCAUCUAGUGACAACACAGACGGUAAUAGUAACUCCCCGAAAACUGACCCUGAUUCGCAGACUGACAUCCAAGCUCAGUCAAUUAUAGCCAACAAUAGUAAAGAAGCAGCAAAAGACAUAAAAGAGCAAGAGCCAAUUAAUGAAGCAACUGUAACAAAUCCAACAGUUGAUAAUGCCCUGCAAGUUGCAAUGCAAUCAGACAAUUACUCAAUUAGCGAUGUCAAUUCAGAGUUGCAACAAAUACCACCAGAUAUUUCCUCUCAGUCAGCAGGGGACACCAAAGAAAAUACAGUUAUAGAUGAAAAAAUUGAAAGUAAACCAGUUGAAGAUUCAGAAAUACAAAGCACAGUUAAGGAAACACUAGAACAAUAG